AUGCUGCACGCCGCGGUCGUUGCAGGGUUGCCGGCGCGGCUCGCCGCCAAGAGGCCACUGGCGGUGACUGUGGCGGCGAGGGUUGCGCUUGCGAGUACCGAGGCGAGGUCGCCACUUCUCAGGGCACUGAGGUGCGGGCGAGUCCCGGUGCCGGGGAGGAGAGUGUGCAUAUGCUCCGCCGCCGGCGACGAUAGCGGCUCGGAAGCGGCGUCCUCCGCGGCGGAGGGCGAAGAGGCUGCGUCUGGGGAGGAAGGCGAGGGGGAGAAUGCCUCUGCGAUCGUGCCCGCUGUCCUCCGCCCCGAGGAUUGCCACACGGUCAUAGCUUUGCCUUUGCUACAGCGACCACUAUUUCCAGGAUUUUACAUGCCAGUCUAUGUAAAGGACCCAAAGCUGUUGCAAGCUUUAGUUGAAAAUAGCAAAAGAUCUAUACCAUAUGCUGGGGCCUUUCUUGUCAAGGAUGAGGAAAAGACUGGCCCCUAUGCUUUGAUCAGUUCAGAAUCAGAUACUUUUUUUUUGAACGCAACUGGUUCAGAAUCAGGUAAUAGCAUUCAUGAAUUGAAAGGGAAAGAAUUGUUGAAGUGUCUUCAUGAUGUUGGCACUCUUGCCCAGAUAACAAGAAUUCAAGGAAAUCUGGUGGUGCUACUUGGUCACCAUCGUAUACGGACAUCUGAGAUUGUUGUGGAUGAGCCACUUACAGUUAAGGUUGAUCAUCUGAAGGAACUACCUUAUGAUAAGGAUGAUGAUGUCAUAAAGGCGAUGUCUUUUGAAGUUAUAUCCACUUUAAGGGAUGUUCUCAGGACAAACUCCCUUUGGAAGGAUCAAGUUCAAGCCUAUACCCAGCAUAUGGGUGACUUCAACUACCCAAGACUAGCAGAUUUUGGUGCUGCUAUUUCAGGUGCCAACAAGUUGCUUUGCCAGGAAGUUCUUGAAGAGUUAGAUGUAUGCAAACGGUUGAAGUUGACUCUUGAGUUGGUAAAGAGGGAGUUAGAGAUUAGUAGGUUGCAGGAAUCCAUAGCAAAAACAAUUGAAGAAAAAAUUACUGGAGAACAGCGCCGCUACCUGUUGAAUGAGCUACUUAAAGCAAUUAAGAAGGAGCUAGGAUUGGAGACAGAUGAUAAAACAGCUUUGUCAGAAAAAUUUAGGGAAAGGAUUGAAGCAAAAAAAGACAAGUGCCCCCCUCAUGUCUUACAAGUCAUUGAAGAGGAGCUCACUAAGCUUCAGCUGUUAGAAGCUAGCUCCAGUGAGUUCAGUGUAACCCGCAAUUAUUUAGACUGGCUAACCGUGUUGCCCUGGGGAGAUUACAGUGAUGAAAACUUUGAUGUGCACCACGCUCAACAUAUUCUUGAUGAAGAUCACUAUGGUCUAGCUGAUGUCAAAGAAAGAAUUUUGGAAUUCAUAGCAAUUGGAAAGUUGAGAGGAAGUUCACAAGGUAAGAUCAUAUGUCUUUCUGGGCCACCUGGAGUUGGAAAAACUAGUAUUGGACGUUCAAUUGCACGUGCACUAAACCGGAAGUUCUACAGAUUCUCUGUUGGAGGUUUGACCGAUGUAGCAGAAAUUAAGGGUCAUCGGCGGACAUAUGUUGGGGCAAUGCCAGGAAAGAUUGUUCAGUGUUUGAAAUCAGUAGGAACAGCAAAUCCUCUAGUUUUGAUAGAUGAGAUUGACAAGCUUGGGAAAGGGCAUUCAGGUGAUCCAGCCAGUGCACUAUUGGAACUUCUUGAUCCCGAACAGAAUGCUAACUUUCUUGAUCACUAUCUAGAUGUCCCUGUUGACUUAUCCAAGGUUCUUUUUGUUUGCACUGCAAAUGUCAUUGAGAUGAUACCAAGCCCUCUACUGGACAGGAUGGAAAUCAUUGCUAUUGCCGGUUAUAUAACUGACGAGAAGAUGCAUAUUGCUAGGGAUUAUCUAGAAAAAAGCACAAGGGAGGCCUGUGGCAUCAAGCCUGAGCAGGUUGAGGUCACAAAUGAUGCUCUUCUUGCUCUUAUUGAAAACUACUGCCGCGAAGCUGGUGUGCGGAACCUUCAAAAACAGAUCGAAAAAAUUUAUCGAAAGAUAGCUCUGAAACUUGUUCGUCAAGGGGUAUCAAGUGAGCCACCUCGAGAUAUCACAGUAGUAGAAGCAGAUAAAAAGUCAGUCAAUUUUGAUGUUGCAACAAAAGUAGAAGAUAAGAACUCGAAGAAUUCUAUCGCAGAAGAUGCUUCAGUGGAAGUGGGCCCAAUUGAUUUUUCUCUUGAUAAUAUUAAUGUGGUGCCUUUAACAACAGAGUCGGAAGUAGGCCACAAUGAGCAUUCCAAUGAAGCACCUACAAAAACUUUUGCAGAAGAGACAGCCAAACUAUCUAAUACUUUUAAGAUACCAGAGGCCAACAAUGAAAGCAUAAAUAGGACUAUGGAAGUGCUUGUAGACAAGCCUGAGGAGAAAGUUGUUGUCAAUGCAUCAAAUCUUGGUAAUUUUGUUGGGAAGCCUGUGUUCCAAGCAGAGCGCAUAUACAAUCAGACUCCUGUUGGAGUGGUCAUGGGUUUAGCUUGGAAUGCUAUGGGUGGUUCGACCUUGUACAUUGAGACAGCAAAAGUAGAGGAAAGCAAAGGCAAGGUCACACUUGUUGUGACAGGCCAGCUUGGCGAUGUCAUGAAAGAGAGUGCCCAAAUUGCACAUACAGUUUGUAGAGCUGUAUUACUAGAGAAAGAACCAAAUAAUCCUUUUUUUGCAAAGUCAAAGCUGCAUUUGCAUGUUCCUGCUGGAGCCACACCAAAGGAUGGGCCGAGCGCUGGGUGCACCAUGGUAACAUCGAUGUUGUCCUUAGCCAUGGGGAAAUCUGUGAAGAAAGACUUGGCAAUGACUGGUGAAGUAACUCUAACUGGACGAAUUCUUCCAAUUGGUGGGGUGAAGGACAAAACCAUUGCUGCAAGGAGAAGUGGGGUAAAGACAAUCAUAUUCCCAUCAGCAAACCGAAGGGAUUUUGAUGAACUUGCUUCUAAUGUGAAAGAAGGUCUUGAAGUCCACUUUGUUGACAAAUACAACGAAAUAUAUGAUAUAGCUUUUACAAGUGAUACCAAGACACAGGAAAGCUAG